AUGAAAUACAACUCCGGAAUCAAGGUCCUAGAAAACUCCUUGCUGAUUAAGAGGGUGUGUCUAGGUCUGGCUCUCUUACACCUGCCUGCUGUGUUUGCUGACACUGGGGAGAUAUCUCUCCUGGAGGGCUGGCAGGAUGUGUGGCUCUUCCGCUUCUUCCUCAACAUCCUGGGGUAUGCCACCAUCAUCAUUCCCGGCUACUUCCUGAUUAGCUACUUCAAGAGGAUCAACUAUUUAGAAACAGGUCGGGGGCUCUGUUUCCCUGUCAUAAAGGCCUGUGUAUUUGGGAAUGAAGCGAAGUCUGGUUUGCUGGAUGAUGCCUCUGCUCUGUCGUCCAGAAAUGAGACUGAACAAAGUUCAUCUGCUCGCCAGGCCAUUAAGCUGGUGUUCUGCGCUGCUGGACUCCAGGUGUCCUACCUGACAUGGGGCGUCCUUCAGGAGCGGGUCAUGACCCGAACUUACGGAGCUACGGACGCGGAAGGCACAGGCGAACGGUUUAAAGACUCUCAGUUCCUCGUCUUCAUGAACAGAAUCCUGGCUUUGACGGUGGCGGGCUUGUGGUGUGUCCUCUUUAAGCAGCCGCGUCACGGUGCGCCCAUGUACAAGUAUUCUUUCGCUUCUCUUUCCAACAUCCUCAGCAGCUGGUGUCAGUAUGAAGCUCUGAAGUAUAUCAGCUUCCCCACACAGGUGUUAGCUAAGGCUUCAAAAGUCAUUCCCGUCAUGCUGAUGGGAAAGAUCGUGUCGCAAAAGAGCUACGAGUACUGGGAGUACUUCACAGCCAUUCUCAUUUCCAUUGGCGUGAGUAUGUUCUUACUCUCCAGCUCCACCAACAAACACCCGUCCACCGUCACCACUUUCUCCGGGGUCAUCAUUCUGGGCGGCUACAUCAUGUUUGACAGUUUUACCUCUAACUGGCAGGACAACCUGUUCAAAUACAAGAUGUCCUCGGUACAGAUGAUGUUUGGCGUCAACCUCUUCUCCUGCCUUUUCACGGUCGGCUCUUUGCUGGAGCAGGGGGCCUUCUUUGACUCGGUGGCUUUCAUGACGCGGCACUCUGAGUUCGCCUUCCACGCCGUGCUGCUGUCCGUUUGCUCGGCCUGCGGACAGCUCUUCAUCUUUUACACCAUCGGCCAGUUUGGCGCCGCGGUUUUCACCAUCAUCAUGACCCUGCGACAGGCCAUCGCCAUUCUGCUGUCCUGCUUCCUCUACGGCCACGCCAUCACCAUCGUGGGCGGCCUGGGCAUCGGCGUGGUGUUUUUCGCGCUCUUCCUCCGCAUCUACGCCCGCAGCCGGAUGAAGAAAGGCGGUAAACGACAAGCCCAGACUCAAGUUCAGAAAGUCUAGGGAAACAGCACGAGGACAAGAUUUAUGUGUACGGAAACCACAGUUUUUUUGUGGGCAGUUUUUUC